AUGGCCACCGCCGUCGCCAAGCGCCUCUCGGGCAAGACCAUUCUGAUCACGGGCGCCAGCUCGGGUAUUGGACGCUCGACCGCCUUCGAGUUUGCGCGGGCGUCGCCGCAGGACCUGCGGCUGAUCUUGACGGCCCGCCGCGCCGACGUACUCAAGGAGCUCGCCGCCGAGAUCACCAAGGAGGUGGGCGAGGGCGUCAAGGUCCUCCCCGUGCAGUUUGACGUCUCGAAACCCGCCGAGGUCCGGGCCUUUGUCGGUAACCUGCCUGAGGAGUGGCGGAACAUUGACGUGCUGGUCAACAAUGCAGGCCUGGUCAAAGGAGUCGCUCAGGCGCCCAAGAUUGCCGAGGAUGAUAUUGACAUCAUGUUCUCGACCAACGUGACGGGCCUGAUCAACCUGACCCAGCAGAUCCUCAACAUCUUCCUCGCCCGGCCUGACGGCGGCAAGGGCGACAUCAUCAACGUUGGCAGCAUUGCCGGCCGUGAGCCCUACCCCGGCGGCAGCAUCUACUGCGCUACCAAGGCUGCCGUUCGCAGCUUCACUGAGAGCUUGCGCAAGGAGCUGGUGGCAUCGCAGAUCCGGGUCAUUGAGAUUGAUCCCGGCCAGGUUGAGACGAACUUCUCCGUGGUUCGCUUUGGAGGCGACAAGGCCAAGGCCGAUGCAGUCUAUGCCGGCGUUGAGCCCUUGACCCCAGAAGAUAUUGCAGAAGUCGUUGUAUUCGCAGCGGGCAGAAGAGACAAUGUUGUGAUUGCAGAUACUCUGAUUUACCACAAGAACCAGGCCGGUGCCACCACCGUCCACCGGAAGACUUAG